AUGGCGAAAUGCGACAAUCCUUUGAGCGUCGGAGUUCACGAGAGCCCACUGUUCGGAAACAUGACAGCACAUGAGCUUCUCGUCACCAUAGCCACCGCGAGCUCGAUCGUCGCAAUAUCCCUUUCGCUAUAUCUCGUCUAUCGCCAUGUGACAAACUACACGCAGCCCAAGUUGCAGAAAUUGAUCAUUCGAAUCGUGCUUAUGGUGCCAAUUUAUGCCAUCUGCUGUACCUUGAGCAUUCCAUUCUACAAGGCUAGUGUCUACCUAGGCGCCAUUUACAAGUUCUACGAGUCUCUCGCCAUCGCUUCGUUCUUCUUGCUGCUUUGCCGGUACCUCCAUACCGAUCUGCAUUCAGUAAAAUACGUGCUUCGGCGCAAGACGACAAACACCCCUGAUAGCUCCAAAUACUUCAGCAUCAUAUGGGUCUGCAUCCUCCAGUUUUGCGUCGUCAAGUUCGCCGACGCUCUGACGAAAUGUAUUACCGAAGCUGUCGACGUUUACUGUAAGACGUCCAACUACGCAAACCAUGCUAGGAUAUGGAUCCAAGUUAUUGAGAUCAUCUCCCUCGUCACUGCUAUGAUCUGCCUGCUCCAGUUCUACAAACAAACCAAGCUUGAGCUAGCCGUCCACCGGCCGCUGUUGAAGUUUCUAGCUAUCAAGCUCGUGGUCUUCCUCUUCUACGUACAGAGCUUCAUAUUCAGUCAUCUCACUAGGAAAGGAAGCGAAAUGAGUCCGACCGACAAGAUCUCGUACCCUUCUCUUGCUGUCGGUAUACCGAAAGCUGUGUUGUGCUUUGAGAUGGCACUAGUCUCGAUGCUGCAUCUAUAUGCGUACCCGUACGACGUAUUCCAGACGUACAAAACAGUUGAUAACUCAGAAGAGAGUGGCACCCACGACAAUCAUAUCGGGAACGACCAAGCCAUAGGGCUUUCAUUGCAAGACGACGCAGCCCUGUUGCCAAGGAAGAUGCACUGGACAAAGGCCAUCAUCCAUGUUUUGAGCUUCAAAGAUCUCUGGCGGGCAUUACUGCACUCGUACCGUAGUGUGGUGGAUCACCGUCGAAAGCGAACGGUGGCCCAGCAUACAGCGACGCACAGCGGACAGAGCGUAGAGCCGUUCGUGACGACCAGCCUAGCGGAAGCGUUGGAAAUGAUGAAAAGGCGCAACGAUAACUGA